AUGACCUCAUUGGCUUCUUGGCAGCUGCUGCUUCUCCUCUGCGUCGCCACCUUUGGGGAGCCACCGGCGAAGGUGGCACCUGGACCCACAGGCCAGCAGCCGGGACCCCAGGAACUCAUCAAUGCCUGGGAAAAGGGCCCGCGGUGCGCAGAGAGGAAACCUGGGGUUUCAGGGCUGCGAGCUCGUAGGACCUCGCCGUGCCCACCAGUGGAGAGCUCCGCCGGGCGCCAGCGGCCUCUGUGCGCCGCCGCUCGCAGUCGCCUGAUCCCCGCACCCCGCGGAGCAGUGCUAGUGCAGCGCGAGAAGGACCUGUCAGCCUACAACUGGAACUCCUUCGGCCUGCGCUACGGCAGGAGGCAGGCGGCGCGGGCGGCGGCGGCGGCGCGGGGCUGA